UAAUCGCAGUAAUCGCUCCAAAUUCCUUCCGAAGUAAUUUUUUCAAAAAGCUGUGAUGAGCAAAGUUUGGAUGUUGGUAUUACCACUAGAGCUGCUCUUUAUUGUGUCGGAAGCGGCAGACGCAAAUUGGUAUCGGAAGGAUUGCUGCCCGUCAAAGGAGUUGACUUUUAUGCCUAAAACAGAUUACGCAUGCGAAAAUAUUCCGGGUGCAUUCGCAAAAGACGACGUAUGUGCUUACCAGCCGUGUGGAAAGAAACGCUGUUGUGGCAACGGCUGGUGCAAUAUGUACUGCUGCAACUGCAUGGGGGGAUGCGAGGAUCAAACUAAUAUUAACUAUUUUUUGCGUCACUUCCAAAAGUGUUGCAUAAAAGAUGUGAUUGCAGUUCGGGACUAUAAACCGCAGAGGAACCUUUAAAACAGUGCUGGAAAUAUUAAGUCGCAUAGAAUGCAUUUGAUCCGAGGCAAAUCUUGAACUCAAUAAUAAAGUGUGAGAUAUUUGUUCUAAGCGUAA